AUGGCAACUGGCGGCGAGAUUGGGACUCUUUUACAAAGUAUUGAUGGUUUGGGACACGUCGGAUCACACUUUUCUCUGCCACCCCUCGGUGACAGUCUUGGACUUUUGGGUGAUCAAGUGAUUCCAGCGGAAAGACUGUCUCGAAGUACCCCGGCGGACUUAACUCAUUUAAAAGGGAUUCUGCGGAGAAGGCAGCUGUACUGUAGGACUGGAUUUCACCUUGAAAUUCUCCCUGACGGAACAGUGCGGGGCACGAGGAAGGACCACAGCCGUUUCGGUAUUUUGGAAUUCAUAAGCCUUGCAGUUGGAUUAAUAAGCAUCAGAGGGGUGGACAGCGGUCUGUACCUAGGAAUGAAUGACAAGGGAGAACUCUACGGCUCUGAGAAAUUAACAGCUGAGUGCGUUUUCCGGGAACAGUUUGAAGAGAACUGGUACAACACUUAUUCCUCUAAUCUCUACAAACAUGGGGAAAAGGGGGCACGCUACUUUGUGGCGCUAAACAAGGAUGGCACUCCGCGAGAUGGGACAAAGUCUAGGCGACACCAAAAGUUCACACACUUUCUGCCCAGGCCAGUGGAUCCUGAUAAAGUACCAGAACUUUACAAAGAGGUCCUGGGACACAGCUGA